AUGACAUCCUUCCUUCUCGGUCCAGUGUAUUCUCCUCCUACCGAAUUGCUAACAUCCGGUAGCAUAGAUACUUGGAGCUCAAACCUCACAGAAACACUGAAACAAGUUCUACAAUCCGGUCAUAGCAAUUUUGGUGAUUUCGAAGCGAACACCUCGUCCAUCUCCAUUACCAUAGUAUCAACCCAGGAUGACGAGGACGCCCCUUUCUUCGAUUUCCACUACGCCUCACCACUCCUCAAUCAAUCGGCUGGUAGUACUAGCCACAUCACCAAGAACUCCGUCUACCGUAUAGGGAGCAUCUCUAAAGUCUUGACUACAUACACGCUCCUGGUCGGAUACGGGUGGGACAUCUGGAACCAUGCUGUCACGCAAUAUGUACCUGAGCUACGGCGAGCGGCAGCACUAGACUAUGAAUCCUCACUUGAGAAUGUGGCUUGGGACAAGGUAACGGUGGGCAGUUUAACAUCUCACUUGUCUGGAAUUGGGAGAGACUAUGCGAAUGGAGACCUUGCAAGCCAGGGGUUUCCUUGGAUGAAGACUGGUCUACCAGAGUUAUCUCCUGAAGAUAUACCACACUGUGCUGGCAAUACGAGUUUGCCUCCUUGCAAUCGUCAAGAGUAUUUUCAAGGGGCCCUUAAACGAGAUCCUGUCUUCGCACCAUGGACAACUCCGGUUUAUUCUAAUAUGGGAUUCAGAUUGAUCGGAUAUGUGCUCGAGGCCGUAGGUGAUGCACCAUAUGAUUCCCUUCUACAGUCCAACGUCAUCGGGCCCCUUAAACUAGGUGAUACCUCGGCGACGUAUCCUCCGAAAAAAGGCUCUUGGGUGAUUCCUCCUGGAAAUGAAAGUGGCUUUUACGUGGAUUAUGGCGAGGAAACACCAACGGCAGGUAUUUACUCGUCGUCAGAUAAUCUCGCCAGGCUUGGGCGCAGCAUCCUAAAGAACAAGCAGCUUUCGGCAUUGGACACUAGAAAAUGGAUGAAGCCCACGUCCCACACGUCCAGCCCAUUCUUCUCUGUCGGCAGCCCUUGGGAGAUAUGGCGGACACGAAGUCGUAUCACCAACGGCCGGGUUGUAGAUCUCUACACCAAAUCGGGCAGCGUUGGCCAAUACGACUCGCAGCUCAUGCUCUUGCCAGACUAUGGUGUUACCCUGUCUAUCCUGGUAGCCGGAUCUAGUAGCGGGUCAGUUAUUACCGUCGCAACUGAGAUGGUACUCCAGUCUCUCAUCCCAGUGCUCGAGGAUAUUACCAUAGGUGAGGCAUGUAGUAACCUCUGUGGCACGUACGAAUCAUCGCAGCCCGGGACGAACUCAAGUAUUACAGUUGCCGCUGAUCCGGUUGGCUUGUACUUGGACCGAUGGAUCAAUCGAGGCGUCGAUAUCAAAGCAGUCGCACAGGCUUACGCAGCCCAGACUGGGAGCCCCCCUAUCGAUUCUGCGCGACUUCAGGCUACGAACCUCCAGGACAAGUCUCCUACAAAUCACAAUACCCAACGAAAUCAACGUGUAGCAUAUCGGGUGGUUUUCGACACGACAAGCGAGAACUCGAGUAGACCGCACCGGAUUUUAGAUCCGGGUGCGCAUCAAUGGAGUGCAAUUGAUUCCAUCAUGUACGGUGAGAUCAGCGUUGAUGACUUUGUGGUUCAUCUUGACGCUAAUGGAACGGCGGUGAUGAUUGAGCCGAGGGUAGUGAGAGACAAGCUGUUGAGAUCGAGUUAG